AUGAGUUGCGGAGAAAAAAUUGUAAUAAGUGGGAUUGCUGGAAGAUUUCCAGAAUCCGACAAUGUGCUUGAAUUGCAACGUAACAUCAAUGAAAAUAUCAACUUCAUCACAAAAGAUGAACGACGUUGGAGAGAUGACUAUCCAGAUGUGCCUUUUGGAGUUGGAAAAAUUAACAAUAUCACCAAGUUCGAUGCUACAUUUUUUGGCAUCCUACCAAAACAGGCCAACUCUAUGGACCCUAAGAGCAGGAUGAUGUUAGAACACACUUUUGAAGCUCUAAUGGAUGCUGGUAUCAAUCCAAGUGAAUUAAAAGGAACGAACACCGGUGUAUUUAUGGGUUCGAUCUACAUAGAAAAUGAACUUUUAGAUGUACGUAUACAUUGUUUCAUCAUUUAUUACAAUAGUGAACAGAAGUAG